AUGUCGACUUUUUCGCCGUCGUUGGCCGCAAUUGCGUUUCUUUUUACGAUUCUUCUGNGUCUAACUUUGGUUAAAGGAGGAGAGAUUCNAUUACCAUCGGAGAAGAUGAUCAANAAAGGCGAAAUNUGUNAAGGAAUUGCUAAACCGGGUUCUUGUCCGGUUAAGUGUUUUCGGGCUGAUCCGGUUUGUGGUGAAGACAGCGUUACUUACUGGUGCGGUUGUUCAGAUGCUUUGUGUCANGGUGUUGGUGUUGCUNAACAAGGUGCUUGUGAUGUUGGUAAUGGUGUUGGUUUGUCUGUUCCUGGACAAGCUCUGCUUUUGAUUCACAUUGUUUGGUUAAUGCUUCUUGGGCUCUCUAUUCUNUUAGGACUCUUCUGA